AUGAAAGAUGCCGAUAUGGCACACGAAAUGAAGAGGGAAGAUAUCGGGAUGGCGGAUGUUUCACACCCAGAAGCAUCACAGCACCAGUACGAUGACUUUUACGAGCGCAACACUUCCGAGCUUGCAAAUGCUUCACCGACUGGCCUUCUCGCAGUUCCUGCACCACUUGCUCGCGAUCCCGAAGCUCAAUUGGACGCUGCUCCUGAACAUCAUGUCCCUACUAGGAGCAAGCUCCUCUUUCUUGCUGCAUACUUCUCCCUCAAUCUCUUUCUCACACUGUCAAACAAGGCAGUUCUCGGAAAGGCUCGAUUUCCUUGGUUACUCACAGGAAUGCACGCAACGGCUACCUCUAUAGGCUGCUAUGGCAUGCUUGGGAUGGGUGCUCUUCAGCUCAGCCAUCUCGGCACGAAGGAGCAUAUGGUGCUAGUAGCAUUCUCUUUGUUGUUUACCGUCAAUAUUGCCAUCAGCAACGUAUCACUUGCAAUGGUCUCGGUGCCCUUCCACCAGAUCUUAAGAUCGACCUGCCCAGUGGUUGCCAUAUUGAUAUAUCGCUGGGUCUACGGCAGAACCUAUUCGACUGCGACAUAUUUGACGAUGGUUCCUUUAAUCCUCGGCUGCGCCAUAGCAACAGCAGGUGAUUAUCAGGCGACAGCCGCUGGAUUUUUCAUGACUUUGCUUGGAGUCAUUUUGGCAUCAGUGAAGACAGUCGCAACCAAUCGAAUCAUGACCGGGCCGCUAUCGCUCUCCGCUCUAGAGGUACUCCUCAGAAUGUCACCACUAGCUUCCAUCCAAUGCAUACUCUAUGCGAUCCUGACUGGGGAGGCACAUCAGUUCCGGACUGCAUACCAAGCAGGCCAGUUUUCAGGGACCUUCGGCGCAGCUCUGGUUGUCAAUGCCGUUACAGCGUUUUUGUUGAACGUCGUCGGCUUUCAAGCCAACAAAAUGGCUGGAGCGUUGACGAUGACCGUCUGCUCGAACGUGAAGCAGGCUUUGACCAUUAUGUUUGGUAUAGUGCUGUUCCACGUUCAGGUGGGCUUCAUCAACGCAGUGGGCAUGUUGAUCACAAUUGGUGGCGCAGUCUGGUACUCGAAAGUUGAGUUGGACAACAAAAGUGCGAAACCGCGGUAG